AUGGUAACGCAGUUUCCCUUGGAUUAUAUGCAUCUAGUGUGUUUGGGCAUCGUGAGGAAACUGCUCCAGACCUGGCUCCGGGGUCCGUUAACAGUAAGACUCCCGGCAUUAAUAGUAGACAGGAUGUCAGGCAAACUCCAGUCAAUGAGGCCCUACGUGCCAAUUGAGUUUGCCAGGAGACCACGGACGCUUAGGGAGUUGGCCCGUUGGAAGGCGACUGAAUUCCGACAGUUCUUACUGUACACUGGCCCUAUGGUGCUGGCGGGAUUCCUGGACCGGAACAUGUACUACAAUAUCAUGCUUCUGUCAACUGCUAUAUCCAUUUUGGUAAGCCCUGAACAUCUCAACCUUGCUGACUAUGCUGGACAAAUGCUAAAAUCUUUUGUAAACCAUUUUGGUGAGCUGUAUGGGACAGACCAGAUUGUGUACUAUGUCCACUGUCUGGUCCAUCUGGCAGACGAGGUGAAGAGGCAUGGCUGUCUGGACUCUUUUUCAGCAUUCCCAUAUGAGAACCACCUCGGGAAAAUAAAAAAACUCAUUAGAAAAUCUGAGUUCCCUUUAGCUCAACUCAUUCGGCGUCUUUCAGAGGUUACAGCAACCAAAUUGGAUGCUGCUGAAUCAGACAUUACACUGAAAAGGGAGCAUUUUGUGGGCCCAAUUGUUGUUGGCAUGGGAGUUAAUGCACAAUAUGGGGAAAUGCGAGGUGAAAGGAUGCCUUUUCAUCUAAUUGAGUUCCAGGAGAGCAAGGACAUUGCUGUUGUGCCAUUUGACUGGUAUGAUGACAGGAUGGUGUACUGGCCCAGUUUUAAGAGCACUGAACGUGUGAAAAGGGCAGCUGCUAACGGGGAGAAGCAUGAGCCAAACUGGCCAAGAUACGAUGUGAAGGUUGUCAGAACUUGUGACAACUACAAAGACGCGAUUAGGCUAAUGAAUCAGUAUCAGACCGGCUGCAACACCUCUGAGCUACAGUCUGACGCAGAGCAGGAGGGUGAGCUGCCGGAAAAAAGAUUCAGGAAGCCAGUCCACCGUUUUGGGGACUCUGAUGAGAGUGAGGACGAAAAUGGUGACUUUGCAUCUCUGAGGAUGCCUGGUGUAUCAGCUGAAGCCUCAAGCCAAUUGCACUGGCAGACUCCACCAUCUCGCCGAGUGCCAGGCAGCAGAGUAAAUACUCAACCUGGAGAAAACUGUCUAGCACCUGACUAUGGGGCAGGACAGCAAAACCCUUUACCACCUCAACUCCUUGCACCCGCAUUUAACAUUCGCAGAGUUACUCAAGGAACGGCAGUCCCUCCACCCCCCGCACCAACCCUCAACAUGCGGCCAACAGAGGAAGCCUGUCCAAGCCGGACAUAUAGACCAACAUGGCGAGGGGGAAGAAUGGCUGAUACCAUUCCCUGUUCUGCAGCUGAGGUCCACAUCCUUAGCCUGCUGGAAACAAUCAAACAACAACAGGACCAGCUUGUGGCAAAGGUGAACUACCUCACCAGCAGGCUGAACAGCACCCCGGGGCCAGAUGUCGAGAUGCCUGAAAAUAUCCAGUUUCCCCUGGAACAAUUGGGGGCAGUGGAGGCAUUUGAAAUCUUUUUAAAAGAACCAUCAAAUGGCCCAGCUCGACAGAGAGUGGUGAGUUUUCUUAUUUAA